AUGGCAGCAGCGCAACAGAUGCGGCAGCCAGACGAAGCCUUCGCUGAUACUUCGGAUACGGUGGAGAUGUCAGAAUCUGAUGCGGUUGCGCAGGCAACCACUAGUGGAGACGGGGAACCCUUCGGGGCUAAGGACAUUCGUUGCCAUCCUUUUGUGCGGCUGCCGGCUGUAAAUCUGGAGGAUGUCCACCUAAGGUAUAACGGUGCUCUUGUACUGUCGUUCGAUUUAGGCGUUACUACACCCAUGGAAGCAUACAUGAAAAUGCGAAGCCUGUUUGCCAAGGAUUCCCUGACGGCUGAAGACGUUAGCACACUCAUGGUGAACGCCGACUACCUGGCGAAAUAUGCGGUAGCCAAACUGGCACGACCAUGCAGGAAGUGCACAGCGGGCCACCUUCUUAUGAGACUGUCGGCUCUGUUUAUGGCGUUUGACUACCUGGUCUGCACAAUCAAGCUCCUGGGUGACCAUAUGGAUGCCGGCAGCUGGUGGCCUGCGUUUGUGCAGAGGUUCCGCACGGAUUACUUUUUCCCUGAGGACUCAAGGAGGCCCAAAUCAAAAAUACUGAACAAUUUGGUCAAUCGACUGAGUGCGGCACUGUCAAUAUAUAAGCAAGCAAGACGCCCGGCACUUGAGGAAGUAAUUGAGCUGAAGAGGGCCAUUCUUAACCACGCGUCUAAAGACAGCCAACUAGCAAACCCGCUGUGGAAGCUUUGGAUAGAGGAUGACAAGCAGUUCUCUCCUUCAAGUGGUCAUGUUGAAAGCCCUUCUGACGUUCAGGCGCGCAGUCAAGAAGACCCCAAACACUCAUGA